AUGGCCCCGGCCUCAAGAGAAGCCGCAGGCUCAUGCAGGCCCGGAAUGCUGCUGCUGCUGCUGCUGCUGCUGCUACCAGAUGCAUGCGAGGCUGUAAUGGCAACCCCUCCCAGGAGCAAAAGGAAAAGCCGCACGCAGCAGGUGUCUGCUGCUGCUGCUGCUGCUGCUCCUGGUGCUCAGUGCAGCAGCCGUGAUGAUUCAUCUGCUGCUGCUGCUGCAGCUGCAGCAGCAGCAGCAGCAACAGAUGCAUCAGCUUCGGGCGAAGCGAAUGGCCCAGGCCUCAAGAGAAGCCGCAGGCUCAUGCAGGCCCGGAACGCUGCUGCUGCUGCUGCUGCUGCUGCUGCUACUCCUUGUGCUGCUGCUGCUGCUGCUGCUGCUGAGAAAGGGGAGGAUGAAAGACAACACCACAAGCGGCCUCCGCCUAUUGACGAGGUUGAGGCUAUUGAGGCCAUCGACGUAGACGACGACGGUGAGCAGCAGCAGCAGCAGCAGCAGCAGCAGCAGCAACAGCAGCAACAGCAGCAGCAGCAGCAACGGCAAGAGCGGCAAGAAAGACGUGGAGGGGCCCCCCGGCAGCAACUGGAAGAAGCAAAGGGGCUGACGGGCCCCUGGAGCCAUAUCUUCGGGGGCCCCCGCAAAGCAGCAGCAGCAGCAGCAACUGCAGCAGCACCUGCAGCAGCAGCAGCAGCAGCAGCGCCGCGAGCUUCACCCCGAGACAGGAGAACGAAGUCUGUGGCAAGUUCUAGCAGCUCGCCCCCAAGCAACAACAGCAGCAGCAACAGCAGCAGCAGCAGCAGCAGCAGCAGCAUUCAGGCAUCCCGGGGGGGCCCCCCAAGAGGGGUACUAACAGCUAAGCAGAAGGAGGCGAUGCUGCGGCGUCAGCAGCGGCAGCAGCAGCAGCAAGAGCAGGAGCAGCAGGAGCGUGUGCGUGUGCUGCAGCAGCAGCACGCAGCAGCAGCAGCAAGCCGUCAGUGGCUAGAUAACCUUUCUUCUCUGCUGCUUCCUUCUUCUUUUUCUUCUUUCUCGCUGCAGCAGCUGCUAGCAGAGAUGCCACAAACAAACAAAUCCUCCUGGGGUGUAUGUACAGCUGCUGCUACUGUCUUUCUAUCUGGCCCCUUUGUAUUCACCUCAGAAGCAGCUCUUCGUGCUGCCAUUGAGGCUGCAGGUGUAUUGACAACGCGGUGCCGGCGGCGGGCUCGCUGUACAGUAACGGGGUGUCUGGCCCCCACAGCAGCAGCAGAACCAGCAGCAGCAGCAGCAGCAGCAGCAGCAGCAGGAGCAGGAGAAGCAAUGGUAAGCGAAACCCAAGUCCUAGAGGCUCUCGGGAUCUCGCUUGAAGCAGCAGCAGCAAGAUUCAUGCCGCUGCACCCCCGCAGCUGUCAGCCCCUUGCUGCACUCGUCAGCAAGACCCUUGGCGGUGUGCUGCAGCAGCGGCAGCAGCUGCUGCUGGCCCAGCACCAACUGCAGCAGCAACAGCAGCAGCAGCAGCAGCAGCAGCAGCACGAACAACUCCAAAAACAAGAACAAAACGAACACCAAGAGGAACGGGUGCAGGCACAGCCCGCAGAAGAUGAAAUGCAGGUUGAUGUGCAGCAGCAGCAGGAGCAGCAGCAACAGCAGCAGCAGAAGCAAGAGCAGCAGCAGCAACAACAGCACAUUCAGCUGCAGCACGAACACCUUCAAAAGCAAGAGCAAAACGAACACCAAGAGGAACGGGUGCAGGCACAGACCGCAGAAGAUGAAAUGCAGGUUGAUGAGCAGCAGCAGCAGGAGCAGCAGCAACAGCAGCAGCAGAAGCAAGAGCAGCAGCAGCAACAACAGCACAAUCUGCAGCAAGACGAGAAAGAGGAGGGAAAGGAAAACCAGCUGAGUCAUUGGGAUGCCCAGCAGCAGCAACAGCAACAGCAGCAGCAGCAGCAAGAGCAACAAGAACAGAAGCAGCAGCAGAAGCAGCCGCAGCAGCAACAGCAGCAGCAGCAGCAGCAGCAGCAAACUGGGGGUGAACUGGAUCUGCUGUUUCUUAGAGAAACUUGGCCUGUAGCCUUCAGGCCUGUUUCUGCUGCUGAGGUGGGGGGCCACGAUGAUGCUGCUGUUGCGCUUCACGCGCUGCUGUCUGCUGCAGCACGCUCUUGUGCUGCUGCUGCUGCUGCUGCUGCUGCUGCUGGGCAGCAAGUUGCAUUGCCUACAUGCGGAGCAGCAGAACCAACAGCAGCAGCAGCAGCAACAGCAGCAGCAGGAGGUGCAGGACAAGAGAAAAAAAAGCGGCGUCUUCGAGGGGGGCCCCCAGGCGAUGAUAGGGGGCCCCCUGUACCCUCCCCAGACACAGCAACCAGCAGCAGCAGCAGCAGCAGCAGCAGCAGCAGCCAGCAGCAACAGCAGCAGCAGGAGGUGCAGGACAAGAGAAAAAAAAACGGCGUCUCCGAGGGGGGCCCCCAGGCGAUGAUAGGGGGCCCCCUGUACCCUCCCCAGCACGAGAGGACAGCAGCAGCAGCAGGAGGAACAGCAACAGAAGCAGCAACAGCAGCAGACACGGCAACAACAGCAGAAAAAGGAGAGGCAGCAGCAGAAGCACCGCUGCAGCCGCUGCUGCGGCUCAGUAUGUAUGAUCUCUGGUCCUUAUCUAAGAAGCACCUGCAGCGUCUGCUGCUGCGUAAAAGGGAGGGGGGCCCCCGGGGGCCCCCCGCAACCCAAGGUGAUGAUUCCUCUGCUUCUGCUGCUGCGCGAGCUGCUGCAGCAAACGCAGCAUCAGCAGCAGCAGCUCCUGAUGUAUGUAUUGCUGUAUGGAGAGAAGGAGAAGAUGCUGCUGCAGCACGUGCAGCAGCAGAGGGCCUCAUAGAGGACGCUCUAAAGGAUGUAGGUGGUAAGGGGGGCCCCCGUGGUUCUGCUGCUGCUGCUGCACGGCAGCAGCAGCAGCGCAGCAAAGCUGCAGAUACACCCGAAGACGAUGCAGCAGAUGCAUGCCGCAACCUCGUCGCCUUUGUGGAGCUCUCAAGGCCCCCCAGGGAAGCUUUCAUUCAGCGGUAA